GCAGGGGCGUACGGCUGCGGCGAGACGGCGCGGGCGUGGGAGGGGCACCUGCCGGGCGCUUCGGCCCUCUGGUACACCUGCGGCGCCGUGCUCGGCGUGCUCGUGUACACGGUGUGGAGGAGGCCGCUUCUCGCCGCGCUGGGCCCGCUGUGCGGCGGACUGCUGGCGAGCUCGGGCUGCGGGGUGCUGCUGAGCCGCGCGUGCGCGCGCGCGGGCUGGACCGGGCCCGCCGUGCUGCCGCCGCCAGAGGCGCCGUGGCUCUCCGCGGCGGCGGCCCUCGCGGGCGGCCAGGACUUCCUGGCGGGCCACGGCGCGUGCGCGCUGCUGGCGCUGGCGGUGCACGGCUGCUCCGAGGAGAGGCGCAUGCCCGCCGUGUGCGUCCUGGUCGGCUGCGUGGCCCUCACGGGCCUGGCGGCCGUGGGCGGCUUCGAGUGCCGGCGGCACGCCCAGGACGUGGCCGCGUGCCCCGCCUGGCUGCAGCCCGCGGGCGCGCAGUGGCAGUGGCCGGUGCUCGGCUGCUCGCUGUGGGCGGCGCUGGCGGCGGCCGCGGCGUGGCGGCAGCUGGGGGCCCUCCAGGCCGCCCGGACCCUGGAGUCCCGCGGCUUCUGGUCGUCGUACUGGGCCGCGGCGCUGGGCUGCGGGGGGGCGCAGGCGCUGGCCGGCGCGAAGGCCGCGCUGCUGCGCGGCGAGGCGCCGCCCGACGAGGAGGUGGAGCACCUGCUCCCGCCAGCGGCGGCGGCUGCGCGCGCGGCGCCCGCGCCCGCAGCUGCGCCGCCGGCGGCCGCGGCG